ACGUCUUCUCACCGAUACCACGCUUGGCCACGGGCUCGAGAAACAAAGCACCAUAGAAAGAUAAAAAUCAGUUCUCAGCAAUUAGGGUUCAUAGAGGCGCCGCUUCGAAGAGGAAUCAAAAACAACGGUGAAAUUGGGGUGAAGCAAAUUAAAAAAGGAAACGUUGCAUGUAGUAGAUUUGAAGAUGAGGAGGACGAUCCUCGGGUUGAACGACUAAUAACAAUGAUAUUGGAGGAUUAUCCGUUUGAACCCAACAUGUGGGUUGGUGAGAUCAAAGCAGAUGAUGCCCCUCAUCUUAAGGAGAAAAGCAGCCGUAGAUAA